AUGGCGGCUGAGGUCCCUACAACAAUUUUAUUAGAUAAAUUACAGAAGAUGCUGCUAGUGCUUGCUGAGGAAAGAUUUAUCUUUCCAGGACUCAAAAGUCGAGUUGGUAUUGCCGUCAACGAACUAAAACAGAUUUUAAGUUUCAUUGAAUUAGAGAUUCCCAGUAGCACUGCGUUGAAGGCUCCGUUUCUGCCCACUGUUCACUAUGCAGACUACAUCGCUGAAAGCUUCCUCCUAAUGACACUACAAAGGAGACGAAAGGGUGUCACUAAAUUUAUUAAAACGCCAUUAAUGGCGUUUCCACCAUGGACCCAGCUACUGUUCAGCUUGGAGAUGAAGAAAGUCGUGAAAAGCUUCAGAGCUAUAUCUUGUGAAUUUGCAAAGACCCUUGAACUGGCAAACAAGACCCAUGAUCUAUCUAUUCAAGUUUCAGCACUUGAAGAGGAAUUGAUUCAUCUAGAGCCGGACAUACUUGUUGGACGUGAAGAUCUCGAAAAGGAGCUGGUAGCUCACCUGAUCCACGACAAUGAGCAAAGCCUCCGUGUGAUUUCACUGGUUAGCAAAGAACCAAUUGGCAAGACAGCUCUGGCAAGGAAAGUUUAUGACAGACUAGACAUUCGGCAGCAUUUCCAGUGCCGUGUGUGGCUUCGUGUUCCCAGGGAUUUAGAAGAUCAUGACCGUUUGCUUAUCAUAAUCAAACAGAUUCUACCACGCGAUUUGAAGAACGUAGAGCUUAUGGAUGAUACUCAACUAACUUAUAUGCUCUACAACAUUCUAAUGGAGCUCAAGUUUCUCAUAGUCUUGGAUGAUGUCUGCUCAGUCGAUGAUUGGACCAUGCUUGUACGUUCCUUUCCAGAUACCGUGAAUGGAAGCAGGGUCAUUCUCACUACUCGUGACAUUAAUAUAGCAUCUGAAGUUGAUCCAUGGAGUUGUCCGCUGGAACUGAGUCCGUUAACUAAUGAGCAGAGUUGGGAAUUGUUCUUGAAGAAGGGGCGCAUACAAGAAAAUAGCUCAGACUUGAACAGCUUCAAGGAUGAAAUUUUGAGAAUAUGUGAUGGUUUGCCUCCAUCAAUCAUGCUGCUGGGAGGAUUGUUGAUAACCAUGGAAUCAAGUAAGUGGUCAAAAGUAACAAGAAGUGAUCUAGCUCACUUUGGUGAAGAUCUAUCACCUCUCUUACAUAUUGUAGCUUUGAGCUAUCAUAGACUACCGUCUGUGUUAAAACCCUGUUUCCUUUAUUUAACUCUCUUUCCUAAAGGGUAUGAAAUCCCAACACGGAGGUUGUUGCUACUGUGGCUUGCAGAGGGAUUUGUUCAAAUGUCACCUAAGGCAGGCAAUGUCCCCGAAGAUGUGGCCAAGAAAUAUUUAGAAGAACUCAUCCGUAGAAAUAUGAUUGAAAUAGCAAGAUGGAAGUCAGAUGGAAGCCCCAAAACGUGUCGUUUGCCAUUUUUUCUCUAUGACGUCUUCUUGCCAAAAGCUGAGGAUAUAGGAUUUCAUCACAUCCACCAUUGCGGGUCAGGUUGUACAUAUGCAGAUUCAUCCGAGUCUUCUAUUUGGAGGUUUGCAGAUCAAUUUGGCGUCAAGUCUAUUUCGAAAUCUCAUAUUGAACAUUUGUGUUCCUAUGUUUCUUUCGAAGGCCAGAAACGAGAUAUAUCCAAUAGAGAAAUUGGUAUGGUGCUUAACAAAAUACUCAGUAAGGGAGGGUUUAUCCUACUGAAGGGGCUUGAUCUAGAGGGUGUCUACAAACCUUUGCUGCCUGAGAAUCUUGGCAAGCUGCAGAACCUAAGGUACUUAGGCUUACGAUGGACUUGUUUACACUCAUGUCCAGUGUCUAUCGGGGAUCUACCCUGCUUGGAGACUUUAGAUAUGAAGUAUACUAAUAUAACCACUUUGCCGAGUUCCAUUUGGAUGGCAAAGAACCUUCGGCAUCUCUAUAUGAACGGGGUGUCAAUUAAGAACCCAUCAAAAGGGUCUUCCACCAGCCUUCAAACCUUAAUGGGGCUCUAUAUUGGUUCUAACGACCUCACAAUAAAUUGCUUGGAAAGGUUCACAAGCCUUCGGAAAUUGGGACUGACAUUCCAAUCAAAGUCAAUGAAUUGCAUCUCAGUGAUCUCACAACUUGGCAACCUUUGA